CGGGUAUCCGAUUGGCUGGACCUGGUUGAGCAGGCGCUGGUGGGACUGGCGGACGAGGUAAGGUUUCAGCGGAUUAUGAGAUACGUCCUUCAUAGCCACCAUCAGGGAGUGAGCAAGGUUGUGGACGCCGCCAAUGGCAGCUGGGCAAGGUUCAGGGAAGGGAUGUUAAGGAAGUACAGGUUAGGGGACGACCUAUUGACUAUGGCUGACUUGGAAGCCAUGAACAAGGAUGAUUUUUCCACGAUCGGGGCGUUCGUGCACGAGUUCAAGAAGAAGGCAAGGAAGGUGCACGGGAUUUAUGAAGAGGCGCAAUGUGCCAUCUUCCUGGGGUUGCUCACUGACACGGAAGCCUCGGAACUGACGAGUCAUGGAGGGGAGAGUGAGAAGCUCAUCUGCGCCACUAUUGAUAAAGGAGUGGAAGAGGGGAGUUUGGACCAGGUGGAGCAGCACCAGAUGCGGGUACAGAGGCGAAAAAGAAAGGAAAGGGACGCCACCGCAUCUGGGACCCCGGGGGUAAAGAGGAUUGUUACGGACGUGCUGGCGGCGUUGGGUUAUGAUAAUGAGGCGGAGGUGCAAAAAAGGGGGGUGACCGUGGUCCAAGGUCGAAUAUCAGGGGCAGCGGAUGAGGAGGUUGGACGUGAGGACUACAGUGGGGAGGAAACGGACUCUCAGGUCAGUUUGCGUCCCAACCGCCGCCCUCACAACAGGCAUCGCAGACUAGCGUGGCUGGAGGAGGAAACCAGGGGCAAGGCGGACAGGGCAAUGGAGGCCGAGUCCAAGGAGGCCAAGGAGGUGGUGGCCGAGGGCGAGGAAGGAAUGACGGAGGUCGUGGGGGUGGAUGGAAUGGCCAAGGGGGCCAGGAUCAAGGCAGCCAAGGCGGCCAGGAAGGGGGCUAAGGGUAUGGAAGGCCCUGCUUUGAUUGGCGAAAUGCCACCUGCUGGCAUUGUGGCUACCAAGGCCACACUAUACGAUUUUGUCAAGGACGGCGGGACGAUGAGCUCUCCGGGUUGAUCUCCACCAACAUGGAUGGAGAUAUAUAUGAUAAAUAUGAAAAGUAUAU